AUGGAGGGGCUGCAGGGCCGCCCGUUCUCGCCCUCCUUCUUCUCGGUGGGCUCGCCGGAGGGGGAGCGGGCGGCGGGCGGAGCCCUGGCCGAGGAGGGGCAGCUGCGGCCGGGCGGCGGGCCCCACCAGUGCCUGCGCUGGGCGUGCAAAGCGUGCAAGCAGCAGUCGAGCUCGGGCGACCGGCGCAAGGCGGCCACGCUGCGGGAGCGGCGCCGCCUGCGGAAGGUCAACCAGGCCUUCGAGGCCCUCAAGCGCUGCACGGCCGCCAGCCCGGCCCAAGGGCAGCGCCUGCCCAAGGUGGAGAUCCUGCGCAACGCCAUCCGCUACAUCGACAGCCUCCAGCACCUCCUGCGCCGCCACCAGCGCUGCCGCCCGCCAGCCCCCGCCGCCUCCCAGCCCGCCAGCCCCACCUCCAGCUGCUCCGACGGCGCGGUUGAAUGCAACAGCCCCAUGUGGUCCAGGAGAAACAGCUCUUACGACAAUGUCUACUUCUCUGAUCUCCACAAUGUCUAUUCCUCAGAUACGAGUAUGGCUCUAUCCAGCCUGGAUUGUUUGUCCAGUAUAGUGGAUCGAAUCUCUUCCUCGGCUCAGCCUGCACUGCCCUUACAGGACACAGCUUCCCUCUCUCCCGGUGCCAGCCCUGAAUCCCAGCCAGGCACUCCAGAGACCCCUCAUCCCAGGCUCAUCUAUCAUGUACUAUGAGCUGCCUGAGACUUGAAACCAAUGCACAUGAUAUUGUUUGGGCAUGUCAAGGCACUCCCAGCAGCCAGAAGCAGAGAGC